AUGGAGUCUGUUACGCCCCAACCCCCGGCUUAUACCAACGACAAGAUUGAGGCUCGUGAGGAUAAGUGGGAGCCUACUUAUGAAGAGGAGGGUGUCCUCAAGCACGGCGAGGUCCAGGAUGCCUUCGGUAAUGAGGAGUAUGCAGAGAUCAAAUACAAGACUCUGAAGUGGUGGCAAUGUGGUCUCUUGAUGAUUUGCGAGUCUGUCUCUCUCGGUGUUCUGUCGCUGCCUUCGGCCAUGGCGACCCUGGGUUUCGUCCCCGGUAUCAUUUUGAUCGUUGGCCUCGGUCUCCUCGCUACCUAUACCGGGUACAACAUCGGCUUGAUGCGUGAACGUUACCCCCACAUCCAGAACCUCGGCGAUGCCGGUGAGAUUCUGAUGGGUCCCUUUGGCCGUGAGCUCUUCGGUCUGGGCCAAUUCCUGUUCUGUAUCUUCGUCAUGGGCAGCCACAUCUUGACUUUCCGCGUCAUGAUGAACACCAUCACCAACCACGGCACCUGCUCCAUCGUCUUCGCUCUGGUCGGCAUGAUCAUCUCCCUGGUCCUGUCCAUCCCCCGUACCAUGCGCGGCAUGACCUUGAUCUCCUUCUGCUCCUUCGUCAGUAUCUUCAGCGCCGUCAUGAUCACCAUGAUCUCCGUCGGUGUCGAGGAGCACCCUGGUCGCAUCAUCGAGGCCACCGUCUCCAACGAUCUGUACACUGCCUUCCAGGCAGUGUCCAACAUCGUCUUCGCCUACUGCGCUCACGUCGCUUUCUUCGGUCUCAUCGCCGAGAUGGAGACCCCCCAGGACUUCAAGAAGUCCCUCUUCAUGCUUCAGAGCUUCGAGAUCUGCCUGUACCUCACCGCCUCUGUCGUCAUCUACUACUUCGUCGGUAGCGAAGUCGAGUCCCCCGCCCUUAGCUCUGCCGGUCCUCUCAUGAAGAAGGUCGCCUACGGUAUCGCCAUCCCCACCAUCGUCGGCGCCGGUGUCGUGAACGGCCACAUCGGUCUGAAGUACAUCUACUUCCGCCUGACCGCCAAGUCCGACCUGAUCCACUCCCGCGGCUGGAAGUCCGUCGGCCUGUGGCUCGCUCUGGGCGUCUCCUGCUGGGUCGUCGCUUGGAUCAUCGCCGAGGCUAUCCCCGUCUUCAGUGACUUGAACUCCCUGAUCAGUGCCCUCUUCGCCAGUUGGUUCAGCUACGGUCUCUCCGGUGUCUAUUGGCUGCACCUGAACGCCGGCCAGUGGUGGUCUUCCCCCAAGAAGAUCGCGCUCACCGUUCUCAACAUGUUCAUUGUUCUCUUCGGUUUGAUUCUGUGUGUUCUUGGCUUGUAUGCCUCUGGCACUGCCAUUCACAAUGAUUCAAGCAACGCCAGUUUCACCUGCGCGGGUGAAUCUUAG